AUGGAUAAUCAUCAACAGGCAUUAAUUUUAUUUAAAGAAAUUCAAGACAUUCAAGGAUAUGACUUAAAACCAAAAAUACUAAAGUUCAAAGAGUCAUUAACAUCAAUUCAUAUCAUUCAUCAACUCGUUUCAAUGGGAAUUUUUAAAGUGGUUCUUUCAUAUUUUAUUUCAUUGCCUAAUGAAGUUCUUCAAGUAAUUGAAUUAUUAAUAAAGGAUAGAGAAACUGCUCAAAGUUUUAUUAAUUCUUCUUUUUAUGAAGAAUUUCUUCCUCUUAUAAAUGAACAAACUCAGCCAGAAAUCAUUAUCUCUUUUUUAAGAAUUAUUCGUUUAGUUACAAGAUAUACAAAAACAAAUCCAGAUAUAAUCAUACCAUUUAUCUCUAAUUUCAUUAAUCCUCAAUACAUUGAUUCAGUUGAAAUUCUUAAUAACUUUUUAUCUUAUCAUAUUCAAAUCUCUUACCCAGAUUCAUUAGAACCUUUAGUUGGUAAAUUCAUUUAUACUACUCAACCUAGUGACUAUGUUUUAUCAGUUUAUUAUAACAUAUUUACAACAGGGGAAGAUGCAUUAAUUCAUAUUGAUGACUUAAUUAAAGUACUUCCAAGAAGUGAACAAACUAAAACAUUUGUUGUUGGAAUUUUCACCAAAAUUAUGGCAGGUUAUUUAUCAGGAAAGAAAACAAUAGAUCAAACAAAAUUAAAUGAAUGUGUAAUGAAAUUAUUAUCUUCAAAUGUUUUGAACCAAAUAUCAUCAUUUCUUAGUGAUAGUUAUAAUAUUACAAUGAUUUCUUUUAUAUUAACUUAUUUUGAAUUUGUUUCCAGUGAUUAUAGAGGAAUUAGUUAUAUUAAAAUGAGUAAUGCAUUACAUAAUAUUAUUAUGUUACUUGAAAAUACAUUUAUUUCAAUGAGAUGUUAUGAAAAGAUAUUUAACAUUAUGACAAAUUGCUCAACAGAUAACACAUUAUACUUUGCAUUUAGAUCAUUAAAUAUUAUUAGAUAUAUUUCUGAUAUUAUUGAAAUGAGGAAUAUUAAAGAACCAAAUACUCUAAAUGCAGCAUAUAAGGUUUUGUUUGCUUAUAUGAAUCAAGAUGAUUAUUCAUUACUCACAAAUAUUAUUAAUAAGAAUGACUCAGACAAUAUAGUUUGGUUAUGUAUUGUUGCCAAAACUGAAAAUCCAAGACAGCACAUUGCAGAAAAUAUAAUUAGAUAUUUAAAUAAUGAUACAUUAUAUGUAAUUGUUGAUUGUAUCAUUAAAUAUUUUAAUUCAAUAGUAAAAUUAAAAGAGGAAAUUAAAAAAGAAUUUAAAACAGAAGAAGAAAGUUGUUGUGAAAUAUUAAUUAAGUCUCUAAUACAAGGGUAUCAAGUAAAUCAAAUAAUAUAUUUAUUUAAUCAGUAUAAUAUUAAAAUAGAAGAUAAAUGGAUAAAAAAUAUUGAUAUAGAUUCAUUUUUUAUAACAAUUCAAAAGAAUAAUAUUCCUACAAUUCAGUUAAUUAAAUUUUAUUCUUUAUUAUUGUCAUCACCAUCAUUAAAUAAUAAUAUUAUAUUAUUAAAUACAAUAUUUGAAAUUAAUGAUAAUAAUGAUUUCUCUAUACAAAAAGAAAUUAUUCAUUUCUUUAUUUUGGCUAUUCAAACAUCUGCUAUACAUCUUAUUGAUGACUUAGAUUGGAUAGACUGUCUUUUCACAAGAUUUAGUUCUAUUCCACAACUCCAUCAACAAUUAAUUCAAUUUCUAACGAUCUAUAACCAUAUUAAACCAUUUAAGAAUGAAUUUAAGUUAAAGGUAUUAAAUUUUCUAACUUCAUUACUUGAUACAAAUCAAACUGAAGAAUGUUGUUCUUUAAUAAUAGAACUUUCAAAUUAA